CCCUAUUUCACCAGAUAUUGCCUUGCAGACCUAUAAAUAUAAACCAAGAUGUCAGCGUUAUCAUCAGAUGUGGAGUCAUACAGUAUUCAAUUGAAAAAUUUGACAAGGGUCACCAUGUUUAUAUUGAGGGGAUUCACAGAUAAUAUUGAGCUAAACAGCUCCCUGUUUUUCCUCUUUCUAGCAAUCUAUCUUUUUACUCUGAUAGGAAAUUUGGGACUAGUUGUAUUGAUCAUUGGGGAUUCCCAGCUCCACAACCCCAUGUACUGUUUUCUGAGUGUGUUGUCAUUCAUGGAUGCCUGCCUUUCUUCAGUUGUCACUCCCAAAAUAUUAGUGAAUUUACUGGCAGAGAACAAAGCCAUUUCAUUUCUUGGAUGUGCAAUGCAGAUGUUUCUGCUGGUUACUUUUGGGACCACAGAAUGUUUUCUCUUGGCUGCAAUGGCUUAUGAUCGCUAUGUAGCCAUCUACAACCCACUACUGUAUUCAGUUAACAUGUCACCCGGAGUCUAUGUGCCACUCAUCAUUGCUUCCUAUGUUGGUGGCAUUUUGCAUGCUGCAUUACACACUGUGGCCACUUUUAGUCUAUCCUUCUGUGCAUCCAAUGAAAUUAGACAUGUGUUUUGUGACAUCCCUCCACUCCUCGCAAUUUCUUGUUCUGACACUCACAUCAACCAGCUUCUACUCUUCUACUUCGUUGGCUUUAUUGAGAUAAUUACCAUAUCAAUAGUCCUGAUCUCUUAUGGCGCCGGACAUUAUGGUUUUAUUCUGUUGGCCAUUAUUAGGAUGUGCUCUGUUGAAGGGAGGCAAAAAUUCUUUUCCACCUGUGGCUCUCACCUCACUGGGGUGUCAAUUUACCAUGGAACCAUCCUUUUCAUGUAUGUGAGGCCAAGUUCCAGCUAUGCUUUGGACCAUGAUAUGACAGUGUCUCUAUUCUACACUGUUGUGAUUACCAUGCUGAAUCCUAUCAUCUAUAGUUUGAGGAACAAAGAUGUAAAAGAGGCAAUGAAAAAAUUGUUUAAGAAAAAAUUGAUUUAUUAA